CCGGUGGCCGAGAUUUGCGCGCAAGGUUCGUUCCCCUGGUCCGCCGCGCCGCUGCUUCCUCGUCCACUUCGCCAUCGCUGACGGAGCAGGAGGGCAUGGUUUUACUCACGCGUCAUGAGUACCGCUGGUUGGUUAUGCCUAUGCCUUGAAGUAGCCCCAACCAUUUGAUAGGUUGGUUAGAAGUAUAAAUCACCAACUUUGCAAUUGUUUGGUUUUUCACCAUCUGCUAGGAAGCAUUACGUUUCUCUGGACAUAGCGAAGGGAGGAAACGGAGCCACCAUGGCAGAAGCUGUAGGGGAGGUAGAGAUGAGAGGGAGACUAUCACCUCCGCCCCCCAACUUUUGCGCUAUGGAGGAUAGAGUUAGACACUCCAUUAGACAAUGUUAUGACGAAGGCGUGUUUUCGGUGGAACCUAACAUGGGAGAAGUGGUUGAAGACGAGAGGGGGAGGAGAUUCAAAGUGAACGAGUCGCUGGAUGCCAUUAAGGAGAAAUGGUUUAAGGAGAGGACGGUCAUCUUCAUCUUCCAAGAUGAAGCGAGGAAUUUGACGAGAGGGGUAAAGGACGAUUUGAUCCGCUCCUUCGAGGAUGGGUGGCUUGCCAGGAGGGUUCCGUUAGAUGCCAUGUACUACUUACCAAGUGCAGUGGAAGGCUUGAUUGGGGGCCUAAAGCAGAUGCACGCGCCAGAGGCUAAUAGAUCACGGCCAAAGCUUAUGAAUGUGAAGAUUGACAUGGAGCCUCAGGCCCGAUUCAAGGUGGAGGAUACAUUGAACAUCGAAUCGCCGAAGGGAGAAUGGUGGAAAGUGGAGGUGGCCACGCCAUACUCAGAUUGGUGUAGGAAGUGCCGCUGGUAUUUUCACACUGAACAGAACUGUCCUCGACAAGGCUUCGAUAGAAACCCGAGGAGGCAGGGGAACACCAAUCAACCGCAGCCACGUGUUACCAACUCUUCUGAUCCAAGGGGAGCAGCUCGCCCAGCGGAGGGGACGGUGAGAUCAGAUGCAAAUCCACAAGCAUCUCAGACUUCCCGCGGACCAGGCGUCAUUGGCGAUCGGGAGACAGUGCACCCAGUUCAGAGACGGGACACGUCAACACAGCGGGAAGGACAACCAAGCCACGCAGCACAGGCUUUCCGCGAUCCAGGUGUCAUUGGCGAUCGGGAGGCAAUGCUCCAAUCUCAGAGACGGGACACGUCAGCACAGUGGGAAGGACAACCGAUCCACACAGCACAGGCAUCGGAUUAGAACAUUCUCGCCUAAUACCCGCACAUCCUGGCGAAUCCCACGUUCUGCCCCGCUCCGGCUCAUCUCCCCCACAACCACCAAGUCUCCCAAUAUC